AUGGGAGAAGAUAGAGUACCAAAGAAUGUUUGGAAGCUCCUGCCAACUGGCAGGAGACCACGAGACAGGCCUAGAAGAACAUAUCUGGAACAUAUCCAACGACUAGGUGAGGAAGGAGGGAAAAACCUAGGUCAGUUGAAGGAAUUGGCGGGGUACCUCGGCCUUGCAGUUCAUCAGCAGGCAAGGUCCGUUCCACUAGCAGCAGUGGUUUCUCCUCAUCGUCCAAUCACAAUCAAAAACCUGCCAUUCAAGUUGCGGAGAUAUGUUGAAGAAGCAAUCAAGCAAUGCAACCCCUCUGAGAUACAUCUCUGCGAUGGAUCCGAGCGUGAAAGCAAGAUGUUCAUUGAAAAGAUGUUAUUUGAUGGAACGAUAGUGCCUUUACCCAAAUAUCGAAAUUGUUUCCUGGCACGUACAGAUCCAAAAGAUGUAGCAAGAGUAGAAUCAAAAACGUUCAUUUGUACAAAUAAUAAGAGAGAUACCAUCCCCGAACCAGCUGAAGGAGUAAUUGGCAAGCUGGGCAACUGGAUUUCGCCAGAUGGCAUGGAUGAGGCAGUGAGGAAAAGAUUCACAGGUUGUAUGAAGGGAAGAACCAUGUACAUUGUGCCUUUCUCUAUGGGACCUCUUGGUAGUCCUUUAGCAAAGUUCGGAUUGCAACUCACAGAUUCUACUUACGUUGCCGCAUCAAUGAGGAUAAUGACCAGGAUGGGAGAAGAGGUUCUUAGGCAUAUGAAUGAAGAUAAUGAAGAAGAGAUUGUUUUAGCGAAACAUUCAGUUGGAGCCCCAAUAGAUCCCAUGCACCGCAACCACAACCCCUGGCCUUGCAAUCCUGAGCAGACAAUAAUACUUCACAGGCCAGAAAAAAAUGAAAUUGUCAGCUAUGGUAGCGGAUAUGGUGGAAAUUCGCUGCUUGGAAAGAAAUGUUUCGCUCUCCGGAUUGGAUCAACUAUAGCGAAACGUGAAGGAUGGCUAGCUGAACACAUGUUGAUUUUAGGUAUUACUCCACCAAAUGGUAAAAAGAAAUACAUUUGUGCAGCUUUUCCAUCAGCUUGUGGUAAAACCAAUUUGGCUAUGCUGACACCUACGAUUCCUGGAUACAAAGUCGAGUGCGUAGGUGAUGAUAUUGCUUGGAUCAAGUUCAAUCCAAAAACAAAAAUGUUCCAUGCUAUCAACCCAGAAAAUGGUUUCUUUGGAGUAGCUCCAGGAACAUCGUGGAAGACGAACCCGAUGGCUAUGGCAACGAUUUUCAGAGAUACAUUUUUCACAAAUGUUGCCCAGACAAGUGAUGGUGGAGUAUGGUGGGAAGGCAUGGAACCAUUACCACCGAAUGUAAAAGUGACAAGUGACUGGCAAGGGCGAUUGUGGGAUGGAACAAAACCUGCAGCUCACCCUAAUUCAAGGUUUACAGCUCCUGCUCGAAAUCUUCCCAUCAUAGACCCACAAUGGGAAUCUCCUGAGGGUGUACCUAUUUCAGCAAUAUUGUUUGGGGGAAGGAGACCUAAAGGAGUGCCACUGAUAUAUCAGAGCUAUUCUUGGGAGCAUGGAGUACUUGUAGGUGCAAUGAUGAGGUCAGAGUCAACAGCAGCUGCAGAAUAUAAAGAAAAGCAAAUAAUGCAUGACCCUUUUGCAAUGCGUCCUUUCUUUGGGUAUAACUUUGGUCACUACCUACAGCACUGGUUGGACAUGCCUCAAAUUCACAAGGGCAUUAAACUUCCUAAGAUAUUCCAUGUAAACUGGUUUAGGAAAAAUUCAAAUGGUGAAUGGCUUUGGCCAGGAUUUGGUGAAAAUAUUCGCGUCCUCGACUGGAUUCUGAGGAGAACAGAAUCUGAUGAUGUUUCUAAUGCUGAAGAGACUCCAAUUGGUUAUGUGCCCAGUAAAGAUGCUAUUAAUCUUCAAGGCUUAAUCAACAACAACCUUGAAGAAGCACUCUCAGUACCAAAAGACUUUUGGAUAAAAGAGAUUGAAGAAUGUGAAAAAUAUUUUAAAGAACAAAUUCCAAAUGAUAUGCCAGAGAAGCUAAACCAAGAACUUGAAGCAUUAAAAAGCAGGGUGCAGAACUCUUAACAGUCCAUGCACUAAUUUAUAAACUUUGCCAUAAUGAAUGUUCCUUUGAUGAAAGUUAUUUAUAAUAAUUUUCUAUAUUUUAUGUGUGUGAAUUGUGUUUUAUAUUUUUUACAAAUCAUUACUUUAAAAAUUAAAAAAAAAAAGUCCUUAAUAUUUAUAUUUAUACAUUCCACUGUAAAAAGUUAUGUAAUUAUUUAAAAUAAACAAUAUGAUACAUAUUUUUAAUUAAAAUAAUAUCAGUCUAUCAAUGAGUGACUCAUGAUUAUUUACUAUAACCAAUAGUAAAAGAAAAUUCCUACAUCUUUUUUUUUUCAAUUCCUAUAUCGGUAACCUUCAUUAUUUAAUUCCCUAUUGUUCAUAUCACUUAUAUGCUCUUAACUCGCAAAUUUAUUUAUCUUUUCUUUUUUUGAAUUAUAGCCUUUAAUAUUAGAAAAUAGCCUUUACAAAAACUCUGAAAAAACAAGACAGGAUAAGUUCCUGGGCAAAGUAGUAAAAUUAAGAUUAAAUCCUACAAAAACUCAGGCGAUUGUUAUUGGUUCUAAUUCCCACCUCAAAUACCCUUCCUACUUUAACACAAAAUUAUCAUCUUAUCACUUAUAUUCUUUCAGCUACUUUGCUUAAAACCUAAAAACUACUGUCCAACUAUAAUCCUAGUAUACUUACAUCACCUAAAUUCCAUAAAGGUCGAUAAGGACCCUUUUGUCAUUCCAUCAUUACCACCAUUUUUUUUCACAACCUAAAAUUACACUUCUACUAUCCUUCUCUGUUGGAUUCCAGUUUGAGAAUGACUUUAUAUAGUGGCCAGGUAGCCUCCCAAUGGUAGGAAUGUGAUCUAUAUAGUAUAUCUAUUUAGUAUAAUCUACAUAUAUUAUAGAAGAGAGAAACUUCUUCUUCUCCCUCAACCUUUUUAUUGUUCCUUUCGCUCCUACACAUCAUACCUGUUGGUCUGACUGACACCUGGCUGACUGGCUAGACCUGCAUAUCAUCGAUUCCCAGCAUAAACUCUUGUCCUGCCCUCAAUUACCCAUUCCUUUCCUUUCUUCUCAUGAUCUCAUCCGAUUAUCAUACAAUAUCAAAACUCCCACGUUUCUUCCUAAAACCAUAACUUUCCGCAACCUUGACACCAUCCCCCGUGAUAAAAUCCUACCUGACCUAGAAAUCCUAAAUUGGAAUAUCUAUUCCUGCACCUCUAUUGUAGACAUCCUCACUUCUAAUAUUAUCCAUAUCCUUGACAUGCAUGCUCCUAUUAAAACCUCUACCUUUUAUUGCCAACCUGCUCCUUGGAUAUGUCAAGAAAUUCGUGACAAGACAUGAGGCAGCCGGAGCCUAUAGAUGCGUCUGACGAACUCGACUAACAGAUGAUUAUCAAGCAUACAGAUUACUCCGUAACUUCACACAAACAACGAUCAGAAAAGAAAUCAAACUUCUACCACAAAACCCUCUCUUCUGUUCCUGAUUCUAAAUCAAUAUGGUUAAGCCUCCAUAAACUCUUUCAUUGUAAAUCCUCUUCCUCAUUGGUCUACCCGGUUUCACUUGAUGAAUUAAAUUCCUACUUUAUAUCUUCCUCCACCAGCAACAGCUCACCCUCUUCUUACCAGUUUUCCUUGUCCCCCUAAUUUAACAGUGAUAAUUUCUAUUUCUCCUACAUUUCACCAACCAACCUUACUUCCUCUAUAAUGAAAUCCCAUACAAACCCAUCGGAUUUGAUGGAAUACCUGUCAAACUGUUAAAAUUAUGCCUUCCCGAAGUCCUCCCUGUCCUUUUCAUCUAUAAUUUUUCCCUCCAGAACUCAGUUUUUCCAACUGCUUGGAAAAAAGCAUUAGUCAGACCUACUAAUAAAAUCCCCAAUCCUACUUCUCCUAAAGACUACCGUCCAAUCUCCAUUCUCUUUAACCUUUCUAAACCUCAGGAAAGAAUAGCUCAUUCCCAAAUCUCCAAAUUCCUUGAAAACUCAAAACUACUCAAUCCUCUCCAAUCUGGUUUUGUCCUGGCAUCUCCACAUGAUCCGCUCUAAUAAAUAUAACCAAUGACUUACAUACUGCAAUGGACGAAAAAAUGCUGUGUUAAUACUUCUCGACUUUUCCAAAGCCUCUUGACUCCUUAGACCACUCUAUACUCUACACUGAAUUAAAAUCUCUAUCCUUCUCCAACAGCUCCAUUAUUUGGUUUCAGUCUUUCCUUUCUGAUCGGACUCAAGCAGUUACCAAUCCAAACCAACACCUAUCUUCCAUACUUACGCUAUCCUCUGGAGUGGCCCAGGGUUCGAGCAUUUCCCCUCUCCUUUUUAAUUCCUAUAUAAAUUAUCUUCCCAAAUCCACCUACCACUGUUCACACCAUCUAUACGUUUAUGACUCCCAAAUCUAUUUAUCCUUUCACCCUUCUAAACUAUUAGUCGCGUUCGAAAAUAUUCAGGCAGAUCUAGAUAGGAUCAGUGGCUGGGCAAGUAUGAAUAAUUUAAAGAUUAACACGAUGAAAACUCAGGCCAUUAUUAUAGGUUCCAGUUCUCUUCUUAAAUCCAUCUUCUUCCUUUCUCCUUUAGUCAUAAGCGAUCAUCCCAUCAUAUUCAGCUCCUCCAUUAAAAACCUAGGAAUCACCAUUGACGAAAACAUCUUCUGAAAACCCAAUAUCGUCCUCAUCUCCCGAAAGUCAAUAAGUACCCUUAAGUUAUUUCAUCGCUCCCACAAGCUCCUUGUAUCCUGUCUUAUUUUCCCCCACUUGGACUGUGGUUGUGAGUGUAUGCUGUAUGGUUUAUGGAGGCAUCCCAAUGGUACUCGAGGAUAGAUUGAAGUUACUUAUGAACUCCUGCUUAAGAUUUGUCUUCGGUACUUCGAGGCGGUUUCAUGUCUCCCACCUUUACGAGUUAAUGUGGCUCUUCAUUUCUUCCUGCUGACAAUAUUUCCUUGGCUCUUUCCUACUCUUAACGAUCAACAGCCGACUUCCUUCCUACAUCUAGUUUCCUACAGUUCAAACCCGUGGUCCACUCCCAGAAAACAAGAUCCCGUGUUUCCGACUUUUAUAUCCCUUCCCAUAGAACUAAGACAUUUGAAUAUUCCUUUAUUGCCCAAUCCACUGCCUUCUAGAAUUCCCUGCAAUCUGAUAUCCGCCAUGCCUCUUUCUUGUCCUCAUUCAAAUAUCAUCUCUACCAAUUCCUUCUCACAUCCCAAAAUGAGGUUGUAAAAUGAAAUAAAUAUUAUGAAUCAAAUUUCGACUGAGGUAAAUGGUUGUUGAAAUUGUUUGAGUUUUAAUUUUAAGAAUCAACCCAUAGUGCUUAUAACAUUUUGCUUUUUAUUUCUCCUGAUUUCUGUUUUUCUGUUCAUUUCAAUAAUGUUAGUUUUUUUCAGAAUGGUUUUCCUUUUUUUAUUUGUUUUAAUAUAUUUUCACUGAAGGUAUUGUAUACAUUCUUUAAUUUUGAUUAAUAUAAUUAUUGGCCAGAUGUUUUUCUUUUUUGUUCAUAAUUGUUAUUCUUAAAGGAUCUCGUCCCAGAAUAAAAUUUAUUUUAUUACAUCUAUAUCUACGUAUAAUUAUAUGAUGUUUUUCAAAUACAUCGAAAUAGUAAUUCCAUACACUCAUAUUUAUUGAAACGUAUGUAUCAAUAUUUUUAAUGUAUCAGACCUCAAUAUUUUUAAUUUUAUAAGAAUAAGGAUGUAAAUAUCCAAAAAUAAAGUAUUUUUUUGUUAUCAAAUAGAAAAAUAUCAAUAAAAAAAAAAAAAUUAUAUUUUGGGUCUACAU